AUGUUGAUGCGGUAUGUGGAGGACGAGCAGGGCAUCCGCGUGUAUACUCUGCAGGAAGUGGUCGAUGGCAGGUACUCGCUGAGCGCACAUCCCGCCCACUUCAGCCCCGACGACCAGUAUUCCAAGCAGCGGCUGCUCUGCAAAGAACGCUACGGACUCCUUCCCACCCAGCAACCCCCGAUCCAGUUCUGA